AUGGCUGCUGUUGAGUCUGCACCGGCUGUACCAGCACCAGGAGCAACAGCAGGCGCUACUGCUAGCAACGGUCCGCUCCCCAGUUUCACGCAGCCCGUGGUGGGGAAGGCAGAAGCGCCGCUGCUUACGCUACACCCCGCGGGGAUCAAUGCAGGCGGAGGCGAAGGCGGAGGCGGAGGCGGAGCCGUCGCGCAGCACUUCACAAGUGCGCUCUCCGCGCCGUCCCCCGGCGGCGCUCGGGAACCCGCGGACGGGAGCGGGGCUCGCGCGGAGAGGGAGACCUCUCCCACAGAUGCGGAUGGUGACGGUGGGGACGGCCCCGCCAGUAGCAGCCCGCAGAGCAGUCCCGCGGCCUCCGGCGGAACCCAGACGCAGGAUGGCGGAGGCGGGGAUACCGAGGAUAAAAAGAACUCGACGGCGGUGCGGGAGGAAUGGACGGACGAGGCGACCGACGCGGUGUUGGAAGUUUGGGCGCGAAAGCACCUGUCUUUAAGUCGCGGCAAGUUGAAGAAGCACGAAUGGGAGGAGGUGGCGCAGCGCGUUAGCGAGAUGCUCGGCCACGCGAAUGCCAAGACGUGGCUACAGUGCAAGAAUAAGAUCGACUCGAUAAAAAAAAAGUACAAGUCCGUGCGGUGCCAGCUUGCCGCGGGCGGCUCGGUCAAGCGCGAAUGGCGGCUGUAUGACCGAGUAGAUUACCUCUUAGGCGGCGGCUCCGCGAGUCACGGGACAGGAAGCAUGGGUAGACCUGCUCCCAUCGGCUCCGCGUCUUUAUUCUCCACCGUGGGCGCCACGUCGAGCAAUGGCAGAAUGCCAGGUGGCGCCUUCGGAGCUGUUUACGGCAACGCCGCGAUUAGCGGCGGAAUGAGCGGCGGAAUGAGUGGCGGAAUGAGCGGCGGGAUGGGCGGCGUGAUUGGCGGCGGGAUGGUGAAUGGGCUUCCAGGAGUCAUGGGCGGCGGUAUGGGGAGCCUCAUGGGGGCUGCUAUGGGGAAUAACGGGCUCGUCUCCGCCGCCGUCGCCGCCGCAAAUGUCGCUCUGGGGACGAACGCAGCUUUAGGAUCGUCGCGCGUGUUUCCCGGAAAAAUGGGGUCGAUCGCAGGCGACAACGUGGUUACUGAAGCGAGCGACGACGACGAUGACGAUGACGACGACGAGGACGACGAAGACGACGACGAAGGCGACGGAGCGAACGGCGGAACGAGCGCGCAAGGCAGCAGGGGCGGCGCGGCCGCCGCCGCCGCCGGCAACAGCGCGGUCAACCCGCCGUUGCUGCAAGAUUCGCUGAUGAAGCAGCGGCGGUCGUUCAGCCUUCCGCUAGACCCGCGCAUGCAGCACUUGAUGGGGAAAACCGUCGCUUCCCCCGGCGGGGGUAUGGGGCCGGGGGGAAUGAUCGGGGGAAUGCCAAUGGCCCCGGGCGGAAUGAUGGCCGCACUGGGCAGCCCCAUCGGCGGAGGGCUGGGCGCCUCCCCGCAUCAACACGCGCAACAGACGCAAGCGUACGGGAUGGCGGCGGCGGGGGGGAUCGGCGCGGGGGGGAUCAACGGCGGCGCAAGCGGAAACUUCACGUCGCCGGGGGGAGCCGCGGGGGCGGGAGGAGCAGGCGGCGCGAACGGCGCGCUGCGGCCGUCGGCGGCGAAGCUGAAGCGGAAGGCGUCGUCCGCGGCGGUUAAGGACCUGGCGCUGGCGGUGCGCGAGUUCGCGUCGGUGUACGAGCGCGUGGAGCGCGCUAAGGUGGAGCAGAUGGUCGAAAUGGAACGACUGCGACUCGAGUUCAGUCGCGAGAUGGAAGUGCGGCGCAUGAAGUGCUGUCAAGCGAGCACAUCUCGUUGA